GGUAUUGUGUGCGCGAGGAGGAAGAAGUAAACAAGACUCUGUCACGUAGGCGCGUGUGCGUUGGACUCAAGAGUCCACGAGCCGUUUAUCUGAGCACUAACAUUAUAUACACGGCCUGUUAAUAAUAUACUCGCGUAACCUACGCUUAUACGUUGCUGUAAACCACGCGCGCGGUCUAAAAAUAAACUAGCUCUGAGUUCUGUGUAAUGCACUGAAUGAAUGAAGAUAAGCGCUCAGUGUUUGGGCUGAUGUGCUGCGUGCAAUCAAACGCGUUUGGGGUCUUUAUGUGGUCGCUUUUAAUUGGGCUGUGAAGCGUUUUGCGUCGUUUCUCGUUAGUGUUUGUGUUUUGCGUGUCAUUCAUGCCGUACAGGAGUGUGGAGGAGUUGAGGUCAAAUCAUGGCCAUGUUUGUUGGGUUGCUGGUACAUGGAGGUAAACUGCAGCUUGUCAGGGUGUAAAAAUAGAGUACUAUGACCUACAGAGAAGACAAGAGUCUGAGACGUUUUAUAAUUAAGGUUAUCACCAAAUGACAUGUAUUGCAAGGCUUGCACUGCUGUUGCAUUUCCCCCAGAUUUCUUUAAAGGGCUGGAAAAUAAGGAGGUUGGUGGAGCAACGGCUAACAAUCUGGGCCGGUAAUUAAAAGGUUGUGGUUUUGUACCCUAUGAGUGUCCAUUGUGUGAUGAGAAAGACAGUCGCAAGAACUAAAACCACUAUCAUAUCAGAGAUUUUGAGCAAUGACAGCUUAUUAAAUGUUGUAUCCGAGCAGUGAAUGCCAGAUAUGAUUAUGAUCUGUUAAUUAUAGAAUGAUAUGAGCAUAUUCCACACCCACUUCUCCACAUUUCUUUUGCCACACCAGACCUGGUUUCUGGAAAUCUGAAUGCUGAGUAGCGAGUCUGUGAUUUUUGUAGUUUCAUAGUAGAUUUGAUCGCAUCCAGAAUUGGAAGCGAAUGCACGACGGCUGAGGUUUUGUGGUUUACUGGUUCCUCAUCCGGCUCAGUCUCAGUUGCGAGAGUCGUUUUUCGUUUAAUUGGGAGAUUAAUCAGAAGUGUUUGGGGUUUGAGGAGAAUAAAAGUUUGCUCCGGCGCGUUUCAAGUAGAAGACAUGUGACAAAUGUGUGAUUUCCUUCACAAUACAAGACACAUCUGCUGCGAAAAGCAAUCUAACAUUGUGUGGCCUCACGACCUUGGAUCAUCUCCUGACCUUACAUCAGUGCAGACUGCACACUGACAUAAAUGCACGCUGUUUCUCACAAAUCACUGUUAUUAUCAAGCUCAAGUCAAAUCCCCUACCCACAAUCCACAGGGUCCGCAGUCGUGAAAAGGCCUCUUUCUUGCCAUCUAGUGGAUGAUGAGUGGUCUGUGCGUCGUGUCUUGGCUUUACUUUCGCUUCCAAAAUGUAAAAGAAAAGAAUAUUCUGGUAUUUUUAAGCCUUUAAAAUGCACUAACGUUGUUUUCCUGAAGCGCACUUCUGUAUAGUUUGGGUUUAGGCAGGGUCUGCGGUCCGCCACGCUGCUAAUCUUAAAGGUGAACUUUGACCUAAUUUGCCUUCUUUUGUAUUUCGCUGCUGUUUUUUUAAUUUUUCAUUCUGUUUAAAUCCAAAUGUUAUCGUUCAAACAGGUUUUACAAGACAGAGCAGUGAUUCGCGGUACCACAUUUAGUCGAAUCAAACUAUCCAAGUUAUAACUUGUCGGCAGAUGCCAUUGAAAAAGGCCAGGAUCAGCGCGGCCAGAACCGAUUUGUUUUGAUUUGUUAAUUGUGCAUGUCAUUUAACUUACAAUCUAAGUCUUAAACGUGUGUUUAAAACGAAAUGAAUACUAAGGCGUUCAAAUAAUCCAAAAAUAAAUAAAUGAAUGUCCACUACCACACCGGGGCGCUGUUUGAGAACAAUAGCGUUACUUUAACCCCACAAAAGCUGCUGAAUCAUAUGUGAUACAUCAGCUUCUGUAAGACAAAACCUUGCUAAAAUACCUGUUUUAUACAUGCUUCUACAUGUCGUCCGCUUGAUGGUUCAUACUGGGUUUUUUUACUGUAAUUCUGCAAAUCCACCUUCGUGUUUUGGUGCACUUAAAAGCUUUAAUAUUUUGUGUAAAGUAAGCCGAUUCAUAUUAAUAACGGUAUAAAAAAGUGUUCAUGCGACUCCUGCUAAGGACGACAGGAGACAUGCACACGGACGAUACUUUAAUAAAUUAAAAAAAAAACCUUACAAACAAGUAGGUUCAACAACCUUAUAUGACCGUGAUUCGUUCAUCCAGUGACAGCGCUGAGAAAAGUAACAGACACCACGCGACAAAAAAAAAACUAUUUUCAACAGUAAUUUACAAGUAUUAAAAUGUAAACAGUUAUUACUGUUGUUAUGUAAACCAAGCGUUUGUUUUUGCAUUAUUUUGCCUGUCGUAGUCACUGAAUAUUUAUGUUAAUCAAUCACUACGUAAAAUACACCAGGCGUUACGGUAAAGUGUAGUCGGUGCGCAGUUGUCUCUGUCGUUACGGUAGUGUUGAUCUCACGAUAUCCUUCAGCGCCGUCUUUAGCGCGCUCUGAUGGUUACGGGCGCUCGUUCAGAGAGACGACGGAUAUAAUGAAUGUAACAGAGGACAGCACGGAGCAAUGCGGUAACAGUCUAACCCGAGAGCUCACACAGAAUCCUUUAAAGAAAAUAUGGGUGCCAUCCUCCAUGAACGGCCUUCCGGACAGACUCAUUAGUCAAAGGAAGGUAUGCAUGACCAACUGCCCCACACUUAUAGUAACCGUCGGUCUACCAGCCAGAGGAAAGACCUACAUCUCCAAGAAACUGACACGCUACCUCAACUGGAUUGAUGUCCCAACGAAAGAGUUUAACGUGGGGCAGUACAGACGUGAAUGUGUGAAGAUCUACAAAUCCUUUGAGUUCUUUCGGCCAGACAAUGAAGAGGGGCUUAAAAUCAGAAAGCAGUGUGCAUUGGCGGCUCUCAACGAUGUGCGGCAGUUCCUCACAGACGAAGUCGGCCAGGUGGCGGUUUUUGAUGCUACAAACACAACAAGAGAAAGAAGGGAGACGAUAAUCAGAUUUGCAGAGCAGAAUGGUUUCAAGGUUUUCUUCGUUGAGUCCGUGUGUGAAGACCCGGAUGUUAUUGCCGAGAACAUUGUGCAAGUGAAGCUGGGCAGUCCAGACUACACGCACUGUAACACAGAAGAGGCCGUCGCAGACUUCAUGAAGAGGAUAAAAUGUUAUGAGAACUCUUAUCAGCCACUGGAUGAGGAACUGGACAGGGACCUCUCGUUCAUUAAAAUCAUUGAUGUGGGGCGGCGGUACCUGGUGAACCGAGUCCAGGACCACAUACAGAGCCGAAUAGUUUACUACCUCAUGAAUAUCCACAUCACACCCCGCUCCAUCUACUUGUGCCGGCAUGGAGAGAGCGAUCUGAACAUCAAAGGUCGCAUCGGUGGAGAUUCAGGGCUCUCGGCCCGGGGGAAGGAGUUUGCUAAAGCUUUGGGCCAGUUUAUCCAGUCGCAGAAUAUCCAUGAUCUGAAGGUGUGGACGAGUCAGAUGAAGAGGACCAUACAGACAGCAGAAGCUUUAGGUGUGCCGUAUGAACAGUGGAAAGCUCUCAAUGAGAUCGAUGCCGGCGUUUGUGAGGAGCUCAUGUAUGAGGAGAUCCAGCAGAGAUAUCCUCUGGAGUUUGCAUUACGAGACCAGGACAAAUAUCGUUAUCGCUAUCCGAAAGGAGAGUCCUAUGAAGACUUGGUCCAGCGGCUGGAGCCUGUGAUCAUGGAGUUAGAGCGGCAGGAGAACGUUUUGGUCAUCUGUCAUCAGGCCGUCAUGAGAUGUCUGCUGGCCUACUUUCUGGACAAGACUGCAGAGGAACUGCCUUACCUGAAAUGCCCUCUACACGCAGUGUUGAAGUUAACACCGGUAGCCUAUGGUUGCAAGGUGGAGUCGGUCUGUUUGAACGUGGAUGCUGUGAACACACACAGAGACAGACCAUCGAACGUUAACGUCCACCGCACAGCCGAGGAUGCCCUGCAGACUGUCCCGCCUCACCUCUGACCCCCAGUCACUCUUCACGACACCCGUGUCUCUCAUCCGAGCCUGGGUUCACCGUUACAAAAGGUCAACCCUGCCUUCAGACGGACCCCCCGGUCAAGUUCUGGUCUGUCCCGUUAACCGGUUAAUUAGUUGCUGUGAGAUUUCUACUGGUUGUACAUACUAUAUGGUUUCUCACUCCAUGUUUUCAAAGAGCCAUAAUCCGUUUACAUGGCAUGAGGUACACGUGGCAUUUGUUUGCACUUACUGGUUUGUUUUGGAGGGAUGUUACUAUGGCUCUUUAUAUGUAUAUGUGAUAUACAUAUAUUUUUUGUCACUUAUACCUAUGGGAUCUGCAGGUAUGUUAUUUUGCUGCUCCUCCGAUAGUGCUCUCAUUUUGUCAAUACUAAAAGGUAAUCUCUCUGUUAUUUUGAGGGAUGGAUGACAAAAUUAGUGUUUGUGUGCGUGCGUGUGUACAUACAGAUCAGAGAAAACACUCAUUGUGUCAAAAACACUUUACUUCAUCUCCCUCUAAUGAUAGAGUCGCUUUAUUUAUCUCCGGGGGUUUUUUUUUUAUGUCCUUUAAGAGUUUAGAUAUAAGCAUCGACGUGACAUUUAAAUUCAGACACUGAUCACUGAUUCAAGUGCUAGUUAUUUUAAACAGAUAUUCAGGCAGGUAUUUUUAUAUCGUGUAAAUUUUAACUGGGCAGAAUAUUCUGACUUUCCGACAGUGAUUUUAUCUGCAUGUUUCUGAGAAAAUUGAGUGCUCGUGAGAGAAACAUAAGCUCUUUGUUACAUUAACAAAUUUGGGAACAAGUUAAAAGUCUCAGUAUUUGUAUUUACGAUAUCCUCUGCAACGAUUAGUCAAUUUCCAUUUCCAUGUAAAGGUUAAAAUGGAUUAUAAGACGACUUCUUCUUUAUCUGUAAUGUCCAGUAAAACAUGUUUAGGUUGACUGAACUGUUGCCUCAAACUGUGUCCAAAGAGUGCUGUGAUAUAUACUGUGCGUUUGAAACCGAUCUUGACUAUAUGAAUGAGAUUUUCUGGAGUAUGACUAGUAGUAUUGUUAUGACAACUUUGGUGCCAGUAUCACACUAAAUAAAUAAAGAUAUGUUUUGAUGUAGUAGUGCAUUGAUAGUAGUCGCAAAUCUGAAAUCAUUGAAUCAUUCACCAAAUCAUUUUCACACACCAUGUUGAUAUAACAAAGAGACAAAUAUUGUACAUCAUUGGUAAAUAAUAUAUUUGAUGUCAAAUUACAUUGAUUUUUUUUUUCUUUUGGAACUGUUGAAAAUACAAUCUGUGUUUGAACUGUAUCUCAUUGAAUAAACCUUUUGUGGUGAUUUUA